CACAGGUUCGGCCAUUUACAAGAAAAAGGCCGGAAUGAUCACCGUCCUGGAGGAAGAGACGCCGCCGCGUCUCAUCUGGAAAUGCAUUGAUGCUGGCGUGGUGCCGCCUGUGGAAAUUCGGCUGGACACCGUGGUUUCUCUACAGGCCUCAAAGAAGACGUCUCCCAAGAUGCUAUUGAAGAUAGGCAUCGGGUCCGGCACAGAGGUGAAGUCCGAGGUGGUGUUUGCGUUUAACAGCCGCAUUUUCAUGGACAACGUCAAGACCGUGCUACAGCAGACGAUUGCCCGUCGCAAGUCGGCCGCGGCAGCAGACGCCAGUCUCGCGGCGUCGGCAUCUUCUGGGCGUUCGACGCCGUCGGCAGCGGGGUCUCCCGCUCCCAUGGAUGGCAGACCGGAUGAGGUGCUCGCAGACAUGCUGGAUUCGAAAAAACUGCUGAAAAACCUCACGCUCCAACAGAAACUGCUCAGAGAAAACCCGGCUCUGAUGAAGACGUUUGCAGAGGCGGUGAUCAAGUCCGGACUGGACCCGGAGGAGUUCUGGUCGACACGAGUGCAUCUUCUGCGCUCUUUUGCGAUCCAAAACAACCAGAAACGUGGCCCCUACAACGUUUUGAGCACCAUCAAGCCGGUGGCUUCGAGCGAGAACCAGGUGAACGUUUCUGUCACGCGGGAGAAAAUACACGAAAUUUUCCAGCAGUACCCGAUUGUGCGCAAGGCGUACGACGACAACGUGCCGAAGAUGAGCGAGGGCGAGUUCUGGUCGCGGUUUUUCUCGUCCAAACUGUUCCGCAAGCUGCGCGGCGAGAAAGUCAACUUGUAUGACCGUGGAGACAUCACUCUCGACAAGUAUCUGUUCUACGAUCCGGACUACGACGGCGAGGAAGAGGACACAGACAUCGACAAGCUGCUGGAGGAGAAGAAGGAGGAGGAUGGCAGCCGGAAGCGACGCAACUCGGAGCAGCUAACAGCGGCCAAGAAAAAAAUCAAGCUAUUCACGCAGGACGGCAAGCAGGUGUCGAAGUUCAUCGACAUCAAGGCCAACAAGGAGGACAAUCCCGAGACAUUAGGUAACGGGCCGGAUAUCACGAUGAAAGAGGACCAGAACGACGAGCUAGUCAGCGUGAUGCGGUCGAUGAACCGACUCAGCAGACGCAUGAUGCAGAAUAUCAAUGACGACUCCGACAUGGACAAGGAGUUCGAGGAAGAGCUGGAGUUGAGAGACCUAGAUGACCCGAACACUGUGGAGUACAACCAGCUGGAGUACACGCAGCGCUCGAACCUGUCGUCCAACAUCCUGCCGGUAGACGUGCUCGAAAAGUUCAACUCGCAGUCACAGCUGAACCCGACCUCGUCAGUCUACGACGAGUACAUGAAAACGUACAAAAAACAGCUCCAGGAAGUGGAUCUGUCUGCGGUCUACGCCAACAAGAAGCCGCUGCUCGACACAUACAAAGAGAUUCUCAACAUCAUCAAGAAGAACGCCAAGAGCCAAGCUUGGACUAUCAAGCUGGACACGAGCAUCGAGAAGCAGGACGUCGACGUAGACCUGCCGCGCGACAGGCUCGAGGCGCUGCGGCUCACGCACUCCACUAGCGUCGAGUUCCUGCGCCACUUCUGGCUGCACUUCAACUCGAUCAGCACCUCGUCGCCGUCCACAAACCCAAACUUCCGCGCUGAGCUGCUCCAGCUGAAAAAACUCUACACCAGCAUCACCAAAUGCGUCGAACGCGUCCAGUCGAGUCUGACGCAACUUGAGGGCGCCGACAAGGACCUGGGCAAGCUGCUGAUGGACCCGCUAAGCGCGUCGCUCGCCCAGGCGCUCGCAAGCUACGAGGCGGCCAUUGUUGGAUGAAUACUCUAUUUAUUCUGCUCUUUAAACCUGUCCCAGGCCUGGUUAAGGGUGAUGAAAACGCCGUUCGCGAUGAGCUUGCGCUCCGUCGACGUCUCGCUAGCAAUCUUGUCGGGAUGCGUCUUGGCAACGGCCUUCAUAUACACCAGCUUGACCUUUUUAUCUAGCACGAGGUCUGUCAGCCCGACGGUUUUCCAGCCCAGCUCCGGCCACAGGAUCUGGUGCAAGGAUGCAAGCAGCGCGCGCAGGUUGUCCUCCUUGCCGGCCUUCCAGCUCUGCAGCUGCUCUUCGACCUUGUCGUGGAGCGCGAACUUCUCAUCCUCGAGCGACUCCUGUUUGCGGUGGUGUUCCUUGACGCGCGAAACCGUCGCAGAGGGUGUUGUUGCCGAUGGCGGGCUUUGGGCCGGUUUUUUGGCAGGUUUCUGUGGUUGCAGCACGUUCAAACACCUUCGUUUGCCGUCCAUGACCGCUUUCGAGAAUCCGCCGUUCUCAAUCAGCAGGUUGUAGGCCUCGAGCGCCUCUUUGAACCGCUCAAGAUGCUCCAAGGCCUCUGCCUUUUUAGCCACCAGUUUAAUCCAAUAGCUUUUCACCGGCUUGUCAUCUAUUUUUGUGUCGCUCGCGGCGCCAGCGGCCUGUGCCAUGCCAUUCUCCGCCGACUCCAGCUGUUUCUUCGCGUCGCCCAGGCGCGAGUACACGAUCGCCAGGUUCGAGUAUGCUAUGAUGCGGCAGAGAUGGUUUUCGGGCAGCUGUGCCAGCGCCCGCUGGUACGUCUCGAGCGCGCUUGUAAAGUCACCCUUGGCGAAGUAGUCGCUGCCCUGCUGUCUGAGCGUCUGGAAGUCGGCCGGCACGGGUGGGCUGCCAGAGGUGGCAGCCGGCGCGUCGCCGAAAUCGAGUAGCGGAGCCGGAGGCGCUGCCGGAGAGCCAUCCGAGGACGGUGUCGUCUCCUUGCUUGGCUGUUUGCUUGACGGCUGGCUCUCCUCACGAUUUUCUCCCUUGCGGCCGCGCCGCCUCCACUCCUCCUCUAGUUUUUUCACCCUCUCGAUCUCCUCCUCCUCUGAGAAGCCGUCGCUUUUAUACUUGGCUUGGUUGCGCAUCCACGCCGGCCCGUUUCUGCGGUCGUGCUGCCGGUACAUCUCAAUGCCCUGUUUCAACUUCCUUCUGCCCGUGUCAAGCAAGAACGAGGCCUUGGACAUGAGCUCUGCGGACAGAUCGUUGACCAGGGUGCCCAGGUCCUCUGGCGCUGCCGUGUUGUGUCGGGCCGGCUGGCUGUGCUGGUGCGCGGCAUCGAGAAGAUACGCAAUCGCGGCGUCGAAAGUGUCUGUGUUGCGGACGGCGUCUGCGGCCUGCUGCUCGGAAAAGCCCAUAUCGACGAG